AGAGGAUCAAUCUUCCCGGAAAAAUUUUCGCCACCUGUCCCUUCGUACUUUCUGAAAAGAACUACGUACAAGAAUCAUUUCGUUGUCCACCCGGAACAAGAUCGCGUUCAACCAAGAUGGCCCGCUCCAAGAAGGCCGGUUCUUUGGUUAACAAAACCAACGGAAAAUUUCAGUUACAGCAACAGCUGCAGUCCGAUUCCCAGGCGAUUGUGAGCGAUAUGGAGAUAUCAAAUGCAGAAACGUCUGGGUCUGGAAGAAUUUGAACUUGUGAUGCUAAUUUUGGUCUCUAAAAAAAGCUGUAUUGCAUGACCAGCAAGAGGAGUCUAGUUUGUGCUACGCGGGGAGGGCGUUUGUCAUGCGGAGUAGGCAUCAGGAAAAAUCUGUGACGCUAGGUCGUGCAUUACAGACAUCCUGGGUCAUGCAAAACAUGCAUGACAAGUCUCAGAAUGUUCCAGACCCAGACAUUUUUGCAUUUGAUAGGAGAAACUGGCGAGCAUGACUCCGGUUCAUCUACCAGAACAAUUCCCGGGUGGAAGCAGUAGUUGUACCAUGAUGCCAGAUAUCAAAUGUAAAAGUGUCUGGGUCUGGAAGAAUUCGUGUUUGUCAUGCUUGCCUGGCAUGACUGUUAAAUCUGUCAUGCACGUUACCCAAGGGCUCCGUUUUUCUGUGAUGCAGAAGCGCAGUUUGUCAUGCGAAAUAGGCAACACCGAGGAGCUCAGAAACUUGUCAUGCUGAGCCAGCAUUUGGAGCCUCAUCAUGAGACGCCACCCAGCAUCACAAGUUUCCAGACCCAGACAUUUUUGCAGUUGAUACCAGAACAACGGUACCUGACCCGCACCGAGUUUUUGGCCCAGUAUCCGAAGCAGCAGUUGGUCGACCAGAUGUCGGAUUUGAAACCGGUGGCGAUCCGGCGGUUGGCGCGGCGGGGCGGCAUCAACCGUCUGUCUCGGAAGGUCAUCCCAGAGAUCCGCGAUCUGUUCCAGCUGUGGUUGCAGGAUAUUACCAAGUACAUGGUCGCCUUCGCCGAGCACGCGGGAAAGUCGACGAUCUCGCUGAAGCACGUCGUGCAUGCGAUCAAGCGGAGUGACAACAAAACCAUGCUCGGGUUCCGCGGACGGCAGAAAUAGUGUACUCCACGCGUAGCCUCGUGGAGCCGUCGUGCUAUCAUGCACGACCGACGGCCUUUGCGAAAUUUUGUACCUGCUGUUCCUCAAACAUGACAUCAGCUACAAGAGCAAUCCCUUUAUUGCCUUUGCUUCAAUGAAGUUGUAGGUAGGAAAACCGAGUCUUUUCUCCGUGUAGAAGUCACGUCAUCCUCAAUAGCAAUUCUGCAAAUAGAAUUUUGUGCAAAUAUCAAGUAAUCAGCCAGAAGGAACGUAGGGCAAGUCAGUCUUCAACAAGUCUACAACCAGGGAGGUUCGUAGGUAAGAAACUACACUUUAAGAAUUAUUCAUCAUACGUUCGCAACACAUUUUCGUUUAUCGAACAUUGUGCAACCUGGCACUCCGAGCCAGCCGCACAAUCAAAUUUUGCCUCGACCAUCUUUUCUAGUUGCGCGGCAUAUAAUGCGCUGCAUUGCCGUUGGCGUUGGAAGUACUAGACGAGAAUUCUGUGUCAACAUUAUCCAAGAUGAGCGGGACGAAGCUUUUUUCUUGUGUUGGGAAAGUAAGUAGGUGACAAUAGAUACUUUUUAUUGCUAAUGUCAGAUGAUGAAAAUGUAUUGGUACUGCAUGUAAUCGUGCUGAAUUUCAAGCAGCUCGAAGAACAAGCUCCACACGUCACAUGAUCUCCGUACCAGCACCAUCCACCAUAGAUAUUGUGAAGAGGACAAACAGACUGAACAUAUUAAAAGCGAAAAAGGUAAUGCAGCAGCUACCGACACGGACACGUUGCAAGAACCGGCAAAGAUAGUUCCUUCCCG